UUGCCAAGGACGUGACACGGCGAGUGACGUAACACAAAGCGAACCAUUACUUAACAACAAGCGUCUGGGACAAAAACUCGUGAGAACGUUGUAUCUGAUAAACACGCCGAGAAGAAAACGGUCAGGCGCAAUAUGGCUUUGAGAAGUGUUACUCGUCUGCUGUCCGGCACCCCAAAAUGUGCAGCUGUCAGUGUGUGCCGAGCCCAGAGUACAACUGCUGCUGCCCCACUCAAAGUUGAUGAUGCUGAAGAAGUCAGAAAGGCUGCCAAGAGAACCAAGGUGCCAUUCAACUGGCGAGACGCUCUGGACUUGGAAGGUCAGCUGACAGAGGAGGAGGUGAUGAUCCGGGACUCCUUCCGUGACUACUGCCAAGAAAAACUCAUGUCCCGUAUCGUGAUGGCCAACAGACAUGAACAUUUCCACCGUGAGAUUGUCUCCGAGAUGGGAGAGUUGGGCGUCCUAGGCCCCACUAUUAAAGGUUACGGCUGUGCGGGAACAAGUUAUGUGGCAUACGGCUUGAUUGCCAGAGAGGUUGAAAGGGUGGACAGCGGUUAUCGCUCAGUUAUGAGCGUACAGUCCUCGCUGGUCAUGCAUCCCAUUAACGCAUAUGGCACAGAAGCUCAGAAAGAGAAAUACCUUCCCAGGCUUGCUCGUGGAGAAAUCCUGGGCUGUUUUGGCUUGACCGAGCCGAACCACGGCAGCGAUCCCAGCAGUAUGGAGACCAAGGCCACGUACAACCCAUCCAAUGGGACCUUCACUAUCAGCGGAGCCAAAACCUGGAUCACCAAUUCCCCUGUUGCAGACAUCGCGGUGGUCUGGGCAAAGUGCGAAGAUGGCAAGGUGCGUGGCUUCAUCCUUGAGCGCGGAAUGAAAGGUUUGGCGACUCCGAAGAUCGAGGGCAAGUUCUCUCUGAGGGCCUCCGCUACUGGCAUGAUUUUAAUGGACGAAGUGGAAGUUCCUGAGGAGAACCUUUUACCAAAUGUCUCUGGUCUUGCUGGUCCCUUCGGCUGCCUCAACAACGCUCGGUAUGGCAUCGCCUGGGGAGCUCUUGGAGCGGCAGAAUUCUGUUUCCAUGCAGCUAGACAAUACACUUUGGACAGAAUACAGUUUGGGGUGCCACUGGCGAGGAAUCAGCUGAUGCAGAAGAAGAUGGCUGACAUGUUGACAGAGAUCACCAUUGGGCUGCAGUCGUGUUUAUCCCUGGGAAGACUUAUUGAUGACAAGAAAGCAACUCCAGAAAUGAUUUCCAUGCUGAAGAGGAAUAGCUGUGGCAAAGCUUUAGAUGUCGCAAGACAAGCCCGGGACAUGUUGGGAGGCAACGGAAUUGCUGACGAAUACCACAUCAUCCGUCAUGUCAUGAACCUGGAGGCUGUGAACACCUACGAAGGAACCCAUGACAUCCACGCCUUGAUCCUGGGCAGAGCUAUUACUGGACUUCAAUCGUUUACAGUUGAAAAGUAAAGUUUUCAGAGGAU